CUUAAUGAAAACCGGUCGAAAUGUAACAACUACACGUCGACUUAAUUUUGAUAGGAUUCUGAAGGAAUCAAAUUGCUUUCGCUGUAAAAAAUGUUUCACCUAUUAUGAUGAGGAUUCGCACUACCGUACAUUUUAGUUAGUCCAGGGCUACAUCGUAGCAGCUGUCGGAAGAGCGUCGCCAUAACGUUGAACUUUACAGUGCGCAUUAAUACAGAUGUGCACUUCCAGAAAAUAUUAUUGUCUGCUGAAAGUUGUCGGGCCGUUCACAGUGUCAUUUCUAUCACAUAGAAGUAUUUGCCUAUAUUUAACUACCCUCUUGGCUUAAAUUCCGUAAACCGGUGUAUCCACAAUUAGAUAAAUCUUGUGACAGCCAGUAAAGGGGCGGAGAUUAUGCACAAACUACACCGAAAUAACAGCAACGCUUGUAGUUUUCGUAUGAUACAAAGACAAGUUGUUUAGCCGAUCGUUAAUUUUACGCCUGCUACAUUAGUUUACUGAUAGGCAAAUAAGACCGUCAAAGCAAGUAGGAUUCUUCACGUUCUCCUCGGUUCUUCUGGUCAAGAAACAACAAGCAAUUCCUUUUUGGUUUAAGGAAAGACACCAAUGCAAGAACCGUUGGGUCUGGUCUACUUAGUUCAUUGACAUUCAUUGAACCAGAAAACAACAACGAGUGGGUUGUCGCUUCCUCUUCUGUCUCAGAGACUACGGGAGUGGACAAGAGAGGAAGUCCUCCUGCUAUCCACUGUGCGUCCACUAACUAAGUGACCAUGUCAGCCCCAGGUUACCCAUCCCCUCACCAGGGUCCUGGAAGUUACUCCACGGCACCCUACCCUGUUCCUCAUGGUGGGUAUGGUGAGCCUAACCAUGCUCCCCCACCGGUUGGCUUCCAUAUGGGCUACAACCAACAGCAACCCCACCCAGGCCAGCCUGUGAUGUACCAGCCUGUGCCCAUGCCCGAAUAUGGGGUACCUCAAAUGGGCCCCAGCCCAGGCUAUGGUGGUCCCAUGCCUGGGCCCGAGUACGGUGCACCUCAGAUGGGCCCCAGCCCAGGCUAUGGUGGUCCCAUGCCUGGGCCCAGAUACGGUGCACCUCAGAUGGGCCCCAGCCCAGGGUAUGGUGGUCCCAUGCCUGGGCCUGAAUACGGUGCACCUAACUCGGGCCCUCCUGCAGCCAUCUCCCCAGCCCCUGCAGCAGUUGUGCCUGUUGGAGUUCCACCUGGUCUGGAGUACCUAACACAGAUUGACCAGAUCCUUAUACACCAAAAAGUGGAGUUGCUGGAAGCGUUCAUUGGCUUUGAGACCAACAACCAGUACGAGAUCAAGAACAGCCUGGGUCAGAAGAUCUACAAGGCCAAGGAGAAGAACGACUGCUGCACACGCAACUGCUGCGGUGCCCUGCGUAGCUUUGACAUGAAGAUCAAGGACAACAUGGACCGCGAGGUCAUCCGCCUCAUACGACCCUUCCGCUGUGCCUCCUGCUGGUGCCCCUGCUGCCUGCAAGAGCUCGAGGUCCAAGCCCCGCCUGGCACCACCAUAGGUUAUGUGUCCCAGGACUGGAACCCCUGCGUGCCCAAGUUCUCCAUCAAGGGGGCCAACAAGGAGACCGUAAUGAAGCUGGAGGGACCCUGCUUCGCCUGCAACUGCUGUGGGGACGUCAACUUCAAGCUGACGGGGAAAGAUGGAGGCAAGCCCAUCGGCCGCAUCAGUAAGCAGUGGAGUGGCCUGAUAAAGGAGGUCUUCACCGACACGGACAACUUUGGCAUCCAGUUCCCCAUGGACCUGGACGUCAAGAUGAAGGCUGUGCUCAUGGGCACCUGUUUCCUCAUCGAUUUCAUGUUCUUCGAGAAGGUUGGCAACACAAAGCAGCGCAACACCGUCUUCUCAUAACGUAGGAAAAGAAAGAAAGACUGAGCCCUUGAGGCAAUGCAGUCUGUUUUUCCGAUCCCGUUCGGAACCUCCAUUUUUUUUCUCCAGAAUCUAUAAGAAACUCCUUCCUUAUUCAAAAGCUUAGAGAACACUGCCAAUCCCAGGACUCUUUGUGUGAAACACAACAUGAGGCCUUAUCUGAUGAUGAGCUUACAUUUGAGCCAAAAUGCUCUCUCUGGACUGUUUCUGUGUAUCCAUCCAAAUGUAAGAAUCAGCAACUGGGCUAUGAGACAUAGGCUUUAGUUGUCUUUCAUGGGUUUCUCCACUCUCUGCAUGGAAUGUGUUUAUCUACGGUAUGUUUUGUCAUAUCUCUAUUUUCUAUUUGUUUUCUAUAACAUUGAUGUGGGGUUCAGAACAGUAGGCUUAAUGGAAAAAUACCAGUUAUAUAUUAACCUAACUACAUAUUCUUUGAGAUUUCUGUUUAGUCUGUGUGCAAUGGUAUAUUUUACAUCAUGUUAUUUGUAAGCCAAAUGUAUAUUUUUAAUCUAUCUAUACUUCACCAGCCAUGAAAUUAUUACUGUAGAAAUCUAGGUAAUUUCAUGAUUAGUCUAGUACUUUUAAAGAGAUUAUAGGAUUAACACUUGCAAUACACUACUAUACUAACUGUAGCAGCUGUGGUUGUAUUAGCUGCUUUAUUAGAUUUUUUAAGACGACCACAUACACUACCAUUCAAAAGUUUGGGGUCACUUAGAAAUAUCCUUGUUUUUAAAAGAAAAGCAAUUUUUUUUGUCCAUUUUAAAAUAGCAUCAAAUGGAUCAGAAAUACAGUGUAGACAUUGUUAAUGUUGUAAAUGACUAUUGUAGCUGGAAAUGGCAGAAUUGUAAUGGAAUAUCUACAUAGGUGUACAGAGGCCCAUUUAUCAGCAACCAUCCCUCCUGUUUUCCAAUGGCAUGUUGUGUUAGCUAAUCCAAGUUGAUUAUUUUAAAAGGCUAAUUGAUCAUUAGAACAUCCUUUUGCAAUUAUGUUAGCACAGCUGAAAACUGUUGUGCUGAUUUAAGGAAGCAAUACAACUGGCCUUCUUUAGACUAGUUUAGUAUCUGGAGCGUCAGCAUUUGUCGGUUCGAUUACAGGCUCAAAAGGGACAGAAACAAAGAACUUUCUUCUGAAACUCAUCAGUCUAUUGUUUUGAACGGUAGUGUACAUAAUCGUACAAACAAAGUACACCUGUAUUAUGAUUUAUGGUGAAAACUAGAGUAGUUUGAAGGACCAUUAAUGGGAGAAGACUAAUUCUGACUUGGAAUGCUUGUACUAAAAUUUACAUGCUAAUGAAAUAUGGGAUAUUUGUGGAUGGAUAUGUUUAUGGACUCUGAAGUGCUCCUUGUCUUGUCCCCUGCUGUAUGUGUGACUCUUCUAUUGUUUGUUGCCAUGCCAUAAAUAAGAAUAUACUACAGUAUAGGACAACAAG